AUGACCGUGCCCAUCUGCGUACCUGAGUCGGCGCCGGCCGCCUCGCGCGGACUGCUCGGCACCCUGACGGAGGCAGCCAAUCACCUGGUCGGGUUCGCCUUCAUGUCACAGACGCCGCGCCUCCUGAUCAGCCGAGGCCGGGACGCGCAAGCGCAUGACGUGCGGCACCGGAUCCGCGGCGGCGGGAAGCACGUGCAGGACGAGCACGAGGCGAUCAAGGCCGACCUCGACGAGCAGGAGCAGGUGCUGCGCGACCCGACCACGCGGCGCCGUGCUCACCGGUUGCUCCUGCAGUUGUUCCAGCAGGUGUCGGGCGUCAACACGGUCAUCUACUACAGUGCCAACAUCACCACACUGGCCGGCGUGCGAGAUAUGGUCACAGCCAUCUGGCUCUCUUCCAUGACCAUCUUGCCGAGCGUGCUAGCUAAGUCGGUGAGCCUGACGCUGGUGGACCUCGCCAGCCGCCGACCGAUCCUGCUGCGGAGCACGCUCGCACCUGCGACGUGCACCUGCACCUGCGUCUGCGGCUUCUGCUUCCGGAACCUGGCUGCCGGGCCGGCCAACGGCUCCUGCAUGCCGAUCGUCUCCUCCCACAACUCGUCGGAGGCGGCCGGCCGCGGCGCCGACACCGCCGCGUUGGGUGUGGGUGGGCUCACCUGGGCUCCCAACUGGCGCCCCAUCUAUGCCUGGCUGCCCAUCACUGGCAUGCUCCUCUACAUCACGCCGUUCUCGCCGGGCCUGGGCGCCAUGCCGUGGACCAUCACAGUAGAGAGCUUUCCGGUGUGGGCCCGCAGCACCUGCAUCUCCAUCACCACGGCCGUCAACUGGUCAUUCAACCUGCUUGUGUCGCUGACGUUCUUGCCGCUGGCGCACAGCCCUCACGCACCAAGCGGCCCGUCGUCUAGCGAGCCCAGCACAGCGAGCGUCCAGCAGCGGCAACUCGUCGUCGAGCAAGCCUAG